GUAAUUCUUCUAUUUCCUUCACUUUGUAGCUCUGAACUUGCCAGAUGUUUUUGGGUUAGUGGUCCUCCCUCUUGAGCUGAAGCUUCGGAUUUUUAGACUUCUGGAUGUCCGUUCACUCAUCUCUCUGUCUGCUGUUUGCCGUGAUCUUUAUGCAGCUUCAAAUGAUCAGCUUCUGUGGAGGUUUAUGUAUCUGCGAGAUUUCAGAGAUCCCAUUGCAAGGCCUCGUGACACUGACUGGAAAGAACUGUACAAGAAAAAGUUGAAACAGAAGAAGGAGGCCUUGAGAUGGAGGCACAUGUUUCUGCCCCCUACACCUCAUCCAAUUCCCUUUCAUCCCAACCCAUUUUAUCCUAGUCCCUUUCCUCCCAACCCAUUCCCAUCAAACCCAAUCUAUCCCCCCAUGAUCAUUGGAGAAUAUAGUGAGAGACCAACGCUUUUGUAUAUUGGAGACCCAAUUAAUUCACUCAUUCCUGGUCCAGGGGAAGCACCAGGCCAGUUUCCUCCAUUCAGACCACAUUUUGACCCCAUUGGUUCCUUGCCUGAAGCAAACCCUACGCUUCCAGGACGAGCUGGUCCCAAUGACAGGUUUCCACCUAGACCCAGCCGGGGCCGCCCCACGGACGUUCGCCGUGCAUUCAUUUGAUUGCUGCUUUCUCCCUCAGUGGAUUUUCUAGUUCCUGAGCUUGCUUUCUAACUGCAGGACGUUGUAAAACCCAGGCACUAACAUCUGCCUUCUCUUCAGAUUGUGGCAAGAACUUGUUUGCAUGGUAAUGUUUUGACCCCAGAGUUAGGGUUUGUUUGUGUUCUGGUAAUAGUGUUGUACCAGGCACUAAGGUCUCUUUCAAGAUGGGCUGUGACUUAGAACAAUACACGUUGUUCCCCUCCCACCUCUCCUCUUUAAUCACCUGUGCUACUUAGAGACUAGAAGGAUACUAAGUAUUUGCUGCAUCAGAUAAAGAGCACUUUAAAUACAAAUCCUAUCUUUUUCUGUCUUAUUUGAAGAGUUUUAUUAAUUUGCCAGGAAAAAAAUAGUUCGUUUCAAAUCUACCUGGCUAGUAACUUUUCUUAACAAAAAAAAUCUACCACAUCCCACAUAGAAUAGGGUAGUACCACUGCUUUGGUGGGUGUGUUUUCAUAGAUUUUUGCAGAGAUUGCAUUUUCCUUUUUUUGUUAGGUAAAAAGUAUUUUUAUGUUGUUACUUAAUACACAAAGAAUACAGAGAAGGGAUUUUUUGUUUUAAGUGGAAAUAUUAGAACGCAAAUCACUUCAUUUUGCAAACAGCAGAGUGAACCCCUGCUACAGUGCAACUCAAAAGUCUGAACAGAAGCAGAGCAAUUUUACAAAGAACCAGCAGCAAAACUUUUGUCUUUUUCCUUGUUUGAACAGGUUGACUUUACAAAUAAGUAGCUAUAGUACAUGGCCGCAUUUACUGUGUGUGAACUAAAAUUGAUGCAAAAAGAAGUUUUUUCUGCCUAACUAAGGAAUUAAACAGGUCGACCCAGUUGCAGUGGAAGUGGGAUCGCAGCAGGAGAAACAAUGAAUUCUUACUUCAGUGAAUUCUGUUUAAUUUCAUUAGAGCAGUGUCAAAAGUCAUCUUGACAGAAGAAAACAUGCUGUAGCAUGUUAGAGCUUUCAAGUGUUGUCUCGUUAACUAAUGAACAACUAACAACAUCGCUGUUACAGUUUUCCUGAUGAGAUCUGCAGUUUGAUACUGAAGCUCAAUUAAAGAAAGACUGGAAUAACUAAACUUUGUUAGAACUUUUCGUUUCUUAUUUUCCUUCUUCUUAAGAUGGCUUAUCUCAGUGUUUCUGAAAAUGUAAAUGGUACCGAUGACUGUUGUGACGGCUGAUAUUGCUUUCUACAGUCCUUUUGGAAUUCAAACAAUGGCAAUGAACUACAUUUCCUAUUAAACACAAGCUGUUUCAUCAGUAA